AUGUCUGAAAAAGUCAAAGAUGCUGUGGUUUCAGAGGCCAAAACUACUCGUGCACUUGCUCAAGAGAUAGUGAUGUCCGGCGCAUACCUAUAUCCAUUCAAGGCGACAUUACAGGGCAUCUUCUUUUUUGCGACCCACAAGGACCUAUGGCGCCCGUUUCUCGCCCGUGCUGGGCGGACAAUCACACUGGGAGUAGGAGUAACAAGCGCGAUGUUCUUCUUCACCUAUGUGCCGCAGAUGGCCAUCAUGGCUUUCACCAGCGGCCCGCUAGCCGCUAUCUCCGCAGCGAUUUUGGUGCUUAGCGAGAGCUCCGCGAUCACAAACGUCUUAUCGCGCUCGUUCCUCGUUGAAGAUGCUCUGAUCGAUACCUUCGAUGGUACCCUCGUCGCACGCGACCAGGAGCCUCUUGUCGCACAAGGCCGUGAGAUCAAGGCUCGAUCAGGUGGAAGAGAUGCAAUGGCUAGGCUUGGGAAGAUAUUUACUCGUCCGUUGGCUCGGUUGCAUCCACGAGCGCUGCUGCGAGCCUUGAUCGUCUUGCCCCUGAACCUCAUCCCCGUGGUCGGCACUGCGUUGUAUAUUUUCGUACAAGGGAAAAGAGCAGGCCCAGCAUUCCAUGCAAGAUACUUCCAACUCAAAGGGUGGAACUCGACACAGCGAGAGGAAUGGAUUGCUAGUAAUCGAGCUGCAUACACCGGACUUGGGAUGGCUUCUUUCCUUUUGGAAAUGGUACCGUUUGCGUCCAUGGUCUUCUCUUUUACCAACACUGUCGGUGCAGCACUGUGGGCUGCCGAUUUGGAGAAAGCGAACAAGUAG